GAGCGUUUCCUUCCACCCCUCUCCUCCCGUCGGCCUCAUCCACCAUCAAUCUACCCGCUACCCCCGCCUCCCUCUGGACCGUGGGCCACCCCUCCCCCCUUCCCUCCCGCGCGUCGACGUCCAUCCUCGCCGCCGCCCCUGCUCCCCAACCCCCACCAUUCACCAGCGCCCCCAAAGUCCGAGCGAGACAGACGGGGGAGGGGGAGAGGGAGAGGAGAGCGGCGGCGACCGGCCAGCUCCGACCCCGCAGGCCCGGCCGUCGGCGGCCGUGCCCCGUCGUCCCCCGUCCCGCUGGCCGGCGGGCCCCGCCUCCUCGCCUCCGGGAGCUUCUGCCGCUGCUGAUACUGUGUGGUAGUCACAUAGCUGCUCUAUUUCUCCUGUCUGCAAACAUAUGUGAUAAUGGACAACCUUGGACAUAGGGAAAAUGGGAGGCAAAGGCCAGACCCAUAUAAAGCACUUCAUACUCAGUGGAUGAUGCCCCAAAGGCAAAUGAAGGACCACCACAGCAUGAACCUCCUAGCACUAAUGAGCGAGAGGGACACCGCCAUCAUGGAGAGAGACCAUGCUCUGGCUGAGAAGAAAGCUGCAAUGGCUGAGAGAGACAUGGCGUUUGCCCAGCGGGACUCUGCAAUGGCUGAACGGAAUGCUGCAAUCGUCGAACGAGACAAUGCCCUUGCUGCACUUGAACUAGCCCGUACAAAUGGAUUUAAUAUGAACAGCGGAAACGGAUUCAACCCAGGAUCUCUCAAUGGAGCGAAGAACUUCCACCACCACGACCAGCAGCCCCAUGCUCAAUCAUCACCACUGCAACUGGCCGAUUCUCCAUAUGACCAUGCGAGGGAAAUGCACAUAUCAGACGCAUACCCAAUCUCAACAGCCCCGGUGACUGCUGCUGGAAAGGCAAAGAAGCCCAAGAAGAACAGUUCCCAAGCAUCUCCACUGAAGAGGCCGUCAGGCGUGCUCCGGAAAACCAAGAAAGCCGGCGGUGACUGGAGAGAUGCUGGAAUGUCUGGUGUCGGGGAGGAUCCAGCUCGCGCCGCUUCUGAGAUGAAGAACGAGCGGAAGGACCAAGACCUUGGCCUGAACCAGGUCUCGUUCGACGAGUCGUCCAUGCCCGCGCCUGCCUGCUCGUGCACGGGGGUCCUCCGCCAGUGCUACAAGUGGGGCAACGGCGGGUGGCAGUCGUCCUGCUGCACCAUGAGCAUGUCCAUGUACCCGCUCCCGGUGAUGCCCAACAAGCGCCAUGCCCGCAUGGGCGGACGGAAGAUGAGUGGCAGCGCCUUCACCAAGCUGCUCAGCCGACUAGCGGCUGAGGGCCAUGAUCUCUCGGCGUCGGUGGACCUCAAGGACCACUGGGCCAAGCAUGGCACGAACAGGUACAUCACCAUCCGGUAGCUCUGCUGCUUCCGUUCAAUAUGUAAGGAGGUGUAUGCGGCAAAGGUCCUAUAAUCUCAUUGCUGGGGUUGGACGGGUCAUCAACUCAUCAUCAUCUCUGUAAUGUCAUUGAGGGAUGCAGGCUAGAAUUCUGUGUAGGUCCUCCCCCCUUUCUGAACCCCGAGCCGCGCUGGACAGUGGAAAUGUAAUUUUAGCGACCCCAGGUAUUCGUCGUCGAUUCGCUGUAUAGUUUUGACUACUAGAUUUAAUUGGUUGUAGGCGAUUAUUCCUUUGUCA